UGUAAGUGCGCCGGACCUGUAUUACACUACAUUAUUUCACUCGCUUCAGUUUGCUGUGAGCCGGAGCAACGAACAGCCGCUUGUUGCUUUAGCUGCUCAAAAGUACGCUUGCGAUAUCUAUUUACCGAUUCGCUUUUAUAAUCAUAUUCGCUGCGACGUUUCAUGAGGAACUGCCGGUGAAUUUAAGAGAGGUCUUAUUAGUACGCAUACAGUUUGGAGGUUGGUUUAGGUGGCUUUCAUGCAUGCAACCGUCUGGAUGGAUCCUUAUCGCUAGUUUGUGCACAUCAGUCGAUUGGGACAGUUUGGUUGGUUAUGGUUUGGAGCAUGUUGAAAUAACAGCAGGAGCAGCACUGCAUCUGCAAAGUAAGAGCGGAUCUUGCGACUUUUGGGGGAUAUAUAUCAGGCUAAGUGAGUGUGCUUUUAAAGUGGGCUAAAUGCUAUUUACGAGAGGGAAUAAAACACCUGACUGGGUCCUGUAAAGUGAAUCAGUGUGGUGUCAUCAGUGUAAUGCAUACAUGUAAUUACCGUUUAUGUAUGUAAUAUACCCAUAAUGUCGCGUGUGCAGUGAUCGCGCGCAGUAGCUGCAUUUAACUGUUAAUGAAAAGCACAUUAUUUGCCGACAUCACCGGGAACUUUCCACUGGACGCAAUGCACGCGCUGUAACUGUCAGUUCUCGUUCAUAAGAGUUCAACUUGCGGAACAGAGCGCACGCGUUACCGGAAUGGACGCCGGUGGAUCUGAUCCCACAGAGAGACAAUUCACAGGUCUGCCUAAAGCACACAGAGCUGGCAGACACAACACGGCAGCGGAGGAGGACAGUGUUUACUCAGGAGGCGACGCUUCCCGUACUCGCUCAACAGCACUUCUCGCACGUGUGGAUGCCAUCAUGUGUGAUCCUAAGAGCGCUUCCCCCGAGAUUUUGACUCGUUUCUCCGGGAGGAAUGUCGGCGGGAAUGGAAAGAGAAAGUUUGCGUUGUGCACUUGGUGUUGGUGGGCGUUUUUCUGCAUGCACGUCCACGUGUUGAGAGCGGUCACACAAGGUGAUGUGGCCCCAUACUUCAAAACGGAGCCGGGACCUCCAGAGAUCCACCUAGAAGGGAACCGUCUGGUCAUGACCUGCCUGGCGGAGGGCAGCUGGCCUCUGGAGUUCAAAUGGAUACUCAACAACACAGAUAUCACAGCCUUCUCCCCCGAGUACAAGUACAUCAUCUCCUCUCUCAAACGCUCCAAUAUGGGCGUUUAUCAGUGUGUGGUGAGAAACAGGAUGGGCGCUCUGCUUCAGAGAAGAGCCGAGAUACAAGUGGCAUAUAUGGGUGACUUUCUCGACAAUGACCAAAGAAAGACAGUGACACUGGGCCGGGCCGCCAUCCUAAACUCCCCAGCAGUCAGUUGCUUCCCGCGGCCACAGGUGACAUGGUUCAGGGACGGCUACAAGAUCAUUCCCAGCAACAGAGUAGCCAUAACGUUGGAGAACCAGCUAGUGGUGCUCGCCACAGCUGCGGCGGAUGCCGGGAGGUACUACGUACAGGCUGUUAAUGAGAAGAAUGGAGAAAACAAGACAAGCCCAUCCAUUUACCUGAAUGUGGCAGAUUCAGAGGGCCCCAUGGACCCCGUGGCUCCAGUGAUUGUAAUCCCACCCCGAAACACUACAGUAGUGGCCGGGGUCAGUGAGGCCACACUGGAGUGUGUUGCUAAUGCGCGUCCGGUUGAGAAGCUCAGUUUGGUGUGGCGGAGAAACACCGUGGAAGUGUCCAGCGGCGUGGGAUCCUUCAGCCGGCGCUUGACCAUCAUCAACCCAACGAGUGCCGAUGUGGGCAUGUACGUGUGCGAAGCCACACUUCCACACUUUUGCGUGAAGCCGGCGGAGGCCAGAGCCUUCCUCUCCAUCACAGAGGCGCCCUAUUUCACCGCUGAACCCAGGAGAAAGAUUAUGGGAGAGGUGGAGAAAAGCGUAGAUAUCCAGUGCCAAGCUCGAGGGGUGCCCAUGCCGAAGCUGGAGUGGUAUAAGGAUGCCGUGCCCCUUAGUAAACUCAACAACCCUCGCUACAAGGUCAUCUCUAGCAUGGGGCUUCAGGUCAGGAAGCUACAGCCCAGCGAUGCCGGAAUCUUCCAGUGCUUCGCCAGGAACUCGGCCGGAGAGGCUCAGGUCCACACUUACCUGGACAUCACUAGUAUGGCUCCGGCCUUCACCGCGGCGCCGGUCGACAUCACUGUCACAGAUGGAGCGGUGGCCACGUUCACCUGUCAGGUAUCUGGGGCCCCUAAACCUGCCAUCAUCUGGAAGAGAGAUACUCAGAUCCUCGCCAGCGGUUCGGUGCAAAUUCCACGUUUCACCCUGCUGGAGUCCGGCGGUCUGCAGAUUCAACCGGUGGUGCUGCAGGACACGGGGAUGUACACCUGCUAUGCCGCUAACUCAGAAGGAGCGAUCAAUGCCAGCGCCUCCCUCACCGUAUGGAGUCGCACGUCCAUAUCCAGUCCUCCCAUGGACAGACGUGUCAUUAAGGGGACCACGGCCAUUUUGGAGUGCGGCGCCACCCACGACCCGCGCGUGGCGGUGAGGUACGUGUGGAAAAAGGAUGAGGAGUUAGUGAGCCAGACCAGAGGGGGGCGUAUCAGCCUGCAGGAGGGCUCCUUGCACAUCAGUCAAACCUGGUCCGGGGACAUCGGGGACUAUACCUGUGAUGUCAUCUCUCAGGCUGGCAACGACUCCAAGGCGGCCCGUCUGGAGGUCAUAGAGCUGCCACACUCGCCUCGAAACCUACAGGCCAGCCUGAACGCCAACGACAGCCGCAGCGUGGAUCUGUCCUGGAUGAGACCCUUCGAUGGAAACAGCCCCCUAUUGCAUUAUGUGGUGGAGCUUUCAGAGAACAAUUCUCCCUGGAGAGUGUAUUUGCCUGAUGUGGACCCCACCGUGACUGGAGCCAUGGUGAAGGGCCUGACUCCGGCCCGCUCGUACCAGUUCAGAGUUUGCGCGGUCAAUCAGGUGGGCAAGGGACAGUACAGCACCGAAACCAACAGAUUGACGCUGCGAGAGGAACCGCCCAGCGCUCCGCCCAAGAACAUCGUAGCCAGUGGCAGAACCAACCAGUCCAUUAUGGUGCAGUGGCAGCCGCCUCCGGAGCCUCAGCUCAAUGGAGUCUUGAGAGGCUACGUCCUCAGGUACCGGCUCGCGGGGCUCCCUGGAGAGCACCAGCAGAAGAACAUCACCAGCCCUGAGAUCAACUACUGCCUGAUCACAGAGCUCAUCAUCUGGACCCAGUAUGAGAUUCAGGUGGCCGCCUACACCGGGGCAGGCCUGGGCGUCUUCAGUCAGCCUGUCACUGAGUACACGCUGCAGGGAGUUCCUACAGCUCCCCCUCAGGGUGUGGAGGUCAAGGCAGUAAACUCAACCACAUUUGAAUAUACCUGGAAUCCACCACCUCAACAGUUCAUCAAUGGCAUUAAUCAAGGCUACAAGCUGAUGGCGUGGCCUGAACGAUCUCCAGAGAAUGUUAUCAUCGUGACCAUCACCCCUGAUUAUCAUGGGACACGCCACCUCGGUUACAUCAGCGGCCUAAAAAAGUUCACCUGGUACUUGACUUCAGUGCUGUGUUUUACCACACCAGGGAAUGGUCCCCGCAGUGUCCCCAAACUGGUGCAGACUCACGAGGACAUUCCAGGCCCUGUUGGUCGCUUGAGCUUUACAGAGAUUUUGGACACGUCUCUGAGAGUGAGCUGGGAGGAACCCAUGGACAAGAACGGCAUCGUUACUGGUUACCUGGUAUCCUGGGAAGUUCAGGGGAAGAACCAAUCGCGAGUGGCACGUACUUUGACCAACUCCACGUUGGACUUCAAGGUCACCGGUCUGACAUCCCUCACUACGUACACGCUAGAAGUGGCAGCUAUGACGGAGGCGGGCAUAGGAACUCUAACUUCCUCCACCAUUUCAUCUGGAGUGCCACCAGAACUUCCCGGGCCUCCAUCAAAUUUGGUUAUUUCCAAGAUCAGUUCACGAUCUGCUACGCUGAAGUUCCGCGCAGGGGAUGAUGGGAAAACGACCAUCUCCAAGUGGAUCGUUGAGGGGCAGGUUGGCAGUAUCGGUGAAGAGGAAGAGUGGAAGGUGUUGUACGAGAAAGAGAAUGACCCUGAAGCUCAGGUGCUGGAGGUGCCCAAUCUCACACCGUUCACACACUACAGGUUCCGAAUGCGUCAGGUGAAUAUCAUGGGCCCAAGUCCGGUGAGCGUGCCGUCCCGUGUAAUUCAAACCCUGCAGGCUCCUCCAGACAAGGCGCCCAGCAGUGUGACGGUGCGCACUGCCAGUGAGACCAGCCUCUGGCUACGCUGGGUGCCACUGCCAGAGACCGAGUACAAUGGAAACCCAGAGAGCGUGGGCUACAGGGUCAGAGUGUUGCGAGUGGACCUGCGGGGUGAGGCCAGCACACGAUUGGUGAAUGACAGGCUGGAGAGGGAGAUCACCCUGGAGGGUCUGGAGGAGUGGACCGAAUACCAGCUACAGAUCCAGGCCUUUAAUUCCAUAGGCCCCGGGCCCUGGAGUGAGCCCGUGAAGGGACGCACGCGUGAGUCAGUGCCAUCGGGGGCUCCGGAAAAUGUGACGGCGGAGGCCAUGAGCUCCAGUCGCAUCCUGGUAACCUGGGGCUCGGUUCCUGAGCAUGAACAGAACGGCAACAUCCUCGGAUACAAGGUUAUGUACAAAGAGAAAGACUCAGAUUCGGAGGCACAGGUGAAUGUGGUUAAAGGCAACCUGACAAAGUCUGUCUUACUGAGGAACCUGCGUAAAUACGUCCAGUAUGAAAUCCAAGUUUUGGCUUUCACACGAAUUGGAGAUGGGCAGCUCAGCAGCCCCUCAGUCUUGGAGAGGACCAAGGAUGAUGUUCCCGGACCACCUAUGAGACUUGUGUUCCCGGAGGUGCGUCUGACAGAAGUGAGGGUGGUCUGGCAGCCCCCUGUGGACCCCAAUGGCAUAAUUAUGGGAUACCAGGUAGCUUACCGUCUGGAUUCUGGGGAUCCCAACCAGUUCAUCACAGUAGAGGUGGGCCCUGAUACCCGUCAGUUCACCACCUCCAACUUGACCCCGGAGUCGGCCUACAUCUUUCGCAUCUCUGCCAAGACGGAGCAGGGCUGGGGAGCACCUGCACAGGCUGUGGUCAUAACUACUGAGAUUAGAGAGCGACCGCAGCCUCCACGGCAGCUGCGGGUGCCUCAGGACCACGUGCAGUCCCGCAAACUGCAGCUCAACUGGGUGCCCGGAGGGGACGGCUCCUCUCCCGUCCGUUACUUCACCCUACAGACGCGGGAGCUGCCCAACGGAGACUGGCUCACCCAUUCUUCUGCUAUAAGCCACAAUUAUACCUCCUGGGAAGUGGACAGGCUGAAACCCUUCACUUCAUACAAGCUCAGAAUGAUGGCGACUAAUGACGUCGGAGACAGCAAGUACAGCCAAGAGACGGAUGCAAUUACCACUUUACAAGAUGUUCCUGAUGAAUCGCCCACAAUUCAAGCCGUGAAACCCUCCACGACAACAUCCGUGCUGGUGCAGUGGCAGAAGCCCAAGGAGGAGAGUGUGAAUGGGGUUCUGGUGGGCUAUCGGCUCUACUACCGCGAGCUGCAGUAUGACAGCACACCGCAGGAGUCAAAGAGGGCCGUCAACAGCUCCUUGCUGCGCACCGAACUGACAGCCAAAAGCACUGUGAAGACUGUCAGCAAUCCUUCAUUAACCGAAUUUGAGCUAACGCAGCUGCAGAAAUACAGACGCUAUGAAAUUGUGAUGACUGCCUACAACGUCAUCGGGGAAAGCCCUCCAAGUGCUCCGGUAGAGGUGUUUGUUGGAGAAGCAGCUCCCUCCGUGGCUCCUCAGAACAUCCAGAUCAACACUUUGUCAUCCACACAGCUGGAGGUGCAGUGGGAGGCACCCCCUGCCGAGACCCAAAAUGGCAUCAUUCAGGGAUAUAAGUCAAACUACACGGUUCUCGCAGCCCCCAGCGCUCCUAGCUUCAUCAGUUUCUCCGAGGUGACCAGCAGCACUCUGAACGUGUCCUGGGGUUUCCCGCUAUCCCCCAACGGUGUAGUGGAAGGCUACAGGGUGGUAUAUGAGCCCAGCGCCCCGAUUCAAGGUGUGACUAAAGUGGUAACAGUGGAUAUCCGAGGCAGCUGGCAGCGCUGGCUGAAGGUGCGUGACCUGACCAAGGGGAUGACCUAUUGCUUCCGCGUGCAGGCCAAGACUAUUGCCUACGGGCCUGAGGCAGAGGCCAACAUCACAGCGGGUCCUGUCAAAGGGUCUCCUGGAUCUCCUGUAGAAAUGUCAAUCACAAAGACAGGAUCCAUGCUCAACAUCCACUGGACACCAGGAGAGACAGGAGCAGGACAUGUGACCGGCUAUGUGAUUGAAGCACGCCCAUCAGAUGAAGGGAUGUGGGAUACGUUUGUGCGGCACUUGCCUCCCACCAGCACCUCUCACUCAGUGAGUCUAGACCGCCUGCGGCAGGGUAUCAGCUACCAGUUCAGAGUUCUGGCCGUCAACGAGUUCGGCUACGGCGAGCCGAGUGCGCCCUCUGCUGCCAUGUCAGCCCAACAGGACUCCCCGUUUUAUGAGGAGUGGUGGUUUCUCAUCGUGUUGGCGUUGUGCGGCCUGAUUCUGCUGUUGCUGGUGGUUUUUGGUCUCGUCUUGCACGGACAGAACAGGAAGUACAAGAGCUGUGGAACAGGUAAAGCUGUGUCCACGGUGGAGGAGACAGUCACGCUGGACAAUGGAGGCUUCACGGCUCUAGAGCUCAACAGCAGGCCUGUUCAUGUCAAGGGUGUCUUCUUGAGGAAGAAUGGCACCAGGUCCCCUCCCCGACCCAAUCCAGCCGGACUGCGCUAUUCCGACGAAGACAUCUGUAGCAACUACAACGGUGUGGUUUCCACAGAGAGCACCGCGCUGACAGAGAGGCCUGCAGAGAUGUCAGAGUCUGAGGCCACAGACAGCGAGUGCGAAGAGGAGCCGAUCAAACACUCGUUCGUGAAUCACUACAUGAGUGACCCGUCAUACUUCAACUCGUGGAAGCGGCAGCAGAAGGGGCUGAAGCAAACGCUGGCCUGUUCCUAUGAUGAAUGUGCCAGCGGGGACACCGAGUCCUACUAUCAGACAGUGGUCACGCAGCACAGCGUUGGCGGGGUCUACACCCCCACCGGCCAGCCCGCGCCAGGCUCACGGACGCCUGUCACGGGCUUCUCCUCGUUCGUGUGACAUACAAGAGGACCCGGACCCCUCUUUGUGGCUCGGACAACAUAGUUGCAGAGGAAAUUCUCUGGUUUCGCACAGUACUAUCACCACGAGCACUACAAGAGACAUCACAUGUGACCGCUCAUUGAGUUGCUGGAUCCGGAAUGUACUCGAUUAGUGAUCAAGAUCAUUAUUAAGAGAAGGGGAGAAGAAAUGAUUUUUAUAUGCCAAUACAGAAGACUAAUCAGAGUUACUGUUAAUGUACGUGCCCCUCCUGUUUGCAGCCUUGGUUGUGAAAGAUGCAUAAAUGUCUGGUUUUAAUGAGCAGGACGCAACAGAAAACGCCUGUACAUGUGACGAGACCUUCUCGCUCUAAAGAGCUGCAUAUAUUCACACUUAACAUUCCUGCCCUUACCACAUUGAAAAGAACUUGAGGAAAAAGCUAAGUGAAAAACAUGCUGUAAUUACUGUAUACUCUUGUCUGAAUAAUCUCAUCUCACUGUCAGUGUCACUAUAUAUACAUGUUGCACUCGAGAUCGUAAAGGUCAUGAAAUGUAAAUCUUCUCUAAUGGAUUUGAUUCGCGUUCACGCGGCCUGGAUAAUGAAGCACGGUUGUUUUCAGUAUAUUCUCUAUAGACUCACCAGCAAGAAAACCUACGGAGGCUGUUAGAAGAAGCCAGACAGCUCUGGUUCCCUGCCUCUGUGUAAUCAGACGGUGAGACAGUGCCAGAUGUGUUGUGAUUUGUGCCAUUGCUCAUUCUCACACAUAUCAACAAGUUCAUAGUUGUUGUUGUUUUUAUUUGGCUUUUACUCUUCUUGUUUUGUUCCUGUCUGUUUGGCCUCGCUUAGGAACUGCAAACACUCACUUGAAAUUAUUUAAUGAACGAUUGUAUGAAUUGUAUGUGAGGAGAUCAGUAUGCGGUUGCUUUGCACAUAUGUUCUGCACUUUUGAGCCAUAAACAUUUCAGUUUCCUUCUUUUGAUGGAAUAUUUGCUUUUUUACAGGCUUGUAAAAAGUGUAAUUUUACAGUGCGAUUUUAGAAUUAAUUUGUAUGAAUUUUGUUGUUCACUGUAGUGUUCUUCAGAAGUGACGUAAAGUAGUUCCGUUGUUCUUUCACAAGAAGUAUGAAUUUUUGCAGUUCUUGAAAAUGCCAACACAAGAAGUACAGUAAUCAAACAAGAGUGUACUGUUAUGGAAAUGUUUGUUUCAAUCCCACCAACUGUUUUAGCACAAGUGUAUGUCAUGGGCGUUCAUGAAGUAAAGAUUUUUUUAUGAUAAAUUCAAUGUUUGUUGUUCAGUUAAAUGCCUCCAACUACAAUGUCAUCCUGAUAAUACGUCAACAUGCACAAUAAAUCAUGACAGGAAAAAAAAGUUUCACACAGAUUUGGGAAAGCAUUUAAUCAAAUCAUCACUUUUAUCACAGAAUAGACUAGCUGUAUUUUGCCUGCCUGUUGG